CGUCGACGACGACGACGAGCCCGCACACGCCGGCGACAUGCAGACCCAGCAGUCCCCGUCAACCCCCCUCGCACGCUCGGCGACGCGCACCCGCGCGCUCCCCAUGCUCCCCCAGCCGACGUCGACGAUGACCGCGCCCCCACAGCGCAUGCCGAGCCAGCGCCAGCCUCCCGGUCCCCGCCCCAUCCCAAGGCAAGCAUCUGAGUCUGCUCUCCGCCAGCGUGUCAGCCAGCGCACUACCGGACGCCGCCGCACUUCGAGCUCCCUCGCCAAAGCAACCUUCCUAUGGAUCCGCGGUGAACUCAUAGGCAAAGGGAGCUACGGCCGUGUAUACAUGGGCAUGAAUGUCACCACGGGGGAUAUCAUGGCAGUCAAGCAAGUGGAGAUCCCCCGCUCCGCAUUCGGAUCGCACGACGCGCGCCAGCAAGAGGUCUUGGAUGCCCUGCGAUCCGAGAACGAGACCCUCAAACACCUCGACCACCCCAACAUCGUGCAAUACCUCGGGAUCGAGGAGACGGCUGAGUUCCUCUCGAUCUUCCUCGAGUACGUCCCCGGAGGAACAAUUAAGGCCUGCCUGAAUAAUCACGGCCCCUUCCCUGAGGAGAUUACGAAGUCGUUCGGCAAGCAGAUCCUCACUGGCCUCGAAUACCUGCACUCGCGCGGCAUCAUCCAUCGCGACCUCAAAUCCGAGAACAUCCUCGUCGAGCCGACCGGCGAAUGCAAGAUAUCCGAUUUUGGAAUUUCCAAGACCGCUAACACGCCCGAUAUCGACAAGCACACCGCACUCAAAGGUACUAUCUUCUGGAUGGCUCCAGAAGUCGUCAAAGGCAACCGCGGCUACAACUCCAAGGCUGAUAUUUGGAGCGUGGGCUGCAUCGUGCUAGAAAUGUGGACUGGCGCUCGCCCGUGGCAGGGAGAAGAGAUGGUCCCAGUGAUGCUUAAGUUAUACGAUGGCAAGGUACCACCGAUGCCUUCGGACUCCAAGCUAUCGUCCGCUGCCCGUGACUUCCGUGCUCGAUGCUUUACCCUGGAUCCCAUCGAACGACCAGCCGCUGCCGAUCUCAAGCGCCAUCCCUACCUUCGCCUGCCCAAUAACUGGGUCUUCCCCGGGUUUGGCAACGACAGACGGAGCACCGCUGAGGAGACGUCCGAGACACUCAGGCCACCAGAUGAACGGACCGUCCGCCCCUUCGUCGCCUCCCCCGAGGAUGACCACACGCAUAUCCAUUUCCGACGUCCCACCAUCGACUCCGUCGCCGACGACACAUUUUUCCAGCACCGGAGCACCCCGCCGCCCAUGCCACCCGUUCCGAACGACGCAGGACCAUCGCGACCGCGCAAUGAGGGGCCUCCGAUCGUCGUCGUGGAGCCCUCCCGCACCCCAGAUAGCAAUCGCUCGAGCGACUAUGACUCCCUUCACCGCUAUCGAACCCCGAGCGAAUCGUCCUCAACUAGCACCCGCCGGCGCCGGCGCCGGAAAUGGGUCGUUGCGAACCCAGAUCCGGAAGGUCCUGCACCGGCGUUCACCUACACGCCGCCACCACUGCCAGAAAGCCCGCCACCGCGUCGUACGCCCUCCGCCCCGCCACGAACACCUACACCCUCUCCACCGCCUCCACCCGACGAUGACGGCGCCCUUACCUUUCGCGCCUUCUCUGACCGGCUCGGGAUGCGCUUUCGGGACGCCCCGGCGAGCGCGCAGUCCACCAUGCUCUCCAGCGAGGCCGACGACGAGGGGACGGACGCGAGCAUGUGGCAGGUGCGCCCCGCUGCCUCUCCCGCCCCUGCCGCGUCCCCCAUCCCCGCGGCGUCCCCCGCUCCCGCCGAGCCCGCCCUCGCGCGCAGCGCGUCCACCUGGGCACGUCCGACCUCGCAGGCCGUAUACCAAGACCUCAACCGCUUCUUCCCCGACCACGACCUCGACCAGCCACUCGACGUCGUGCCGGAGGUCGCCUCGACGGAGGACCUCGCGGGGCGCAACAUGCGCGUGCGCAAGAGCAUCCGUGUUAUCGCCGCCGAGCAUAGCAAGGCAGACCGCCUGAAUCGGCGGCGCACGCAGUUGUGGGGGAGCAACAUCCACGAGCUGCCGAGUCAUUGA